AUGACCCUUCCUCACAACCCCCCACCUGCCUAUAUUGCCAGGAAAUUCUAUGGUAACCUGCCCUGCCCCGACCCGACCCGCGCUGCCCCGCGGCCAGGCCGGCCGGCGCCCCGCAGCCCCGCCCGGUACCUCUCAGCAGCCGGGCUGGCCGUGCCCAGCGAGCCCCCGCUGCCGCUCGGCAGCCGCCCCCAGGACAUUCCAGAGCGCGCGGGCGAUCCGGACCGGCCCCUCCAUCCAACACCGCCCGCCCCGGCCGCCGCCUCGCGCACACUGACCGCCCUCGGCGGCGGGGCCCCGGGCGGCCCCUCCUCCGGGCGCGCGCGGACCCCGCCCCCACCGCCCAGCGCCGGAGGGCGCGCGCAGGCCACGCCCCUCCCUCCCUCCGCCCGUUCUCAGCCAACGGCCGCUCGGCCCCGCCCGCUCCGCUCGGAACGUACCACCGCUGCGGAUGGGGGUGGGGAGCCGGUGGCCAAGCGCGCGCGCCUCCCCUCACACCCCGCCCUGGCGCUGGGCCGGCACGCGCGGGAGACCCCGCCCGGGGGGUCGCGGGGCUGCCGGACCUUGGGGGGCGGAGAAGCGUCCGGUUGGCGGCCCCACGGCCCUGCCCGGGAGCGCUGCCUCCAGCCCGGCCGCCCCGCGUAG